AUGGAGAAAUGGCAAGUGGCUUUGAAGGCUGUGUCAAACAGGAUUGGCUUCACGUUGGACCACAAUAGCCGUUACAGACGUUGGUGGGCUUGGAACCGUGGAAGAAAGAGUUCAACGAGAACACUCACCCAAAUCAUUUUCAGGUCCGAGGCCAAGUUUAUCAAGAUGGUCGUUAAAGAGGUUGGGCAAGUUUUAACCUCCAUUCCAUCUGAUGAAGGUAGGGAGGACGAUUCUCUGAAGAAGACGAAAACAUAUAACUUCCCACUGGCUCUGCCAUGUGCAUGGUUUGGCUCAGUGGUUGGUCUGAUAGGUGCAUUGCUCUUAGGGAUCGGAUUACUCCCUGAGAUGGUUCAUAGGUGUGCCUCACCAGCCAUGGUUGCUCUUGCUGGUCAGGCUGGCCCUGUUGUGGCUAUUUCGAGCCGUUGGUCUCGCUGA